AUGCCUGUCUCAAGAUCAACAGAAAAUAUUACUUCUAAAAUUUCAAUGUUGCGUGUUCCUCGUGCAAACAAAGUAUCUUUGUUAUUAUCGGGCGCAGAAUGCAUACGUGGUCAGUUGAUUGGGUUUUGUGUUGAAACAUUUGAUUAUACGAAUAUCUUUUGUCGUUAUCGUCUCGCUUCAAACUUUGCAUACCUAUAG